UAUUGUUAACUGCAUUCCAUGUUUAGAGGAAUUCCAUUUAUCUGGGGCCAAUAAACAGGGACACACCUCCCAGCCAGACCUGUUUUGAGGGAUAUUAUAUACAGGCCAAUGCAUUUUGGAUUGUGCUCAGCAAUUUUUGGACAGACUGGAAUGUUUAUCCCUUAAUAAAGAGAGAGACAAUAGAGAGGCUCUGUUCUCACUGUUGUUGACGCGGGAUGGUGGGUAGGUGGGGCGGAUAGCCGUCAAAAUAUCAGCACCUCUCCUCCUCCUCCUCACUUUCAAACUAUAUGUUGCUGGUCAUCAACAACACAACACUCACAAACGAGCUGGAAGUCAUCAGUCACUAAUUAAAAGCUCUCCGCCUGAAUAUCCAGAUUUUUGUUUAGAAAUCCAGACUUCCUUCCUUUGAGCAUCAUGACUGGAACAGCAGUGGUUCUGAUGAGCCUGGUCUUCAUCCUCUCUGUGGGCGCAGAGGAUAAAUCAAGACUCUACCGUAGACCUGCAUGUGGAGGUCUGAGUGUCAAUCAAGCAUGUCCUCUCAACUACUCUCCUGUGUGCGGUAAUGAUGGCAUCACAUACGUCAAUGAAUGCACCCUGUGUGUGCAGAGAAUGCACACAAAUGCAGACAUUUUGAUUGUAAAAGACGGCCGCUGCUGAGGAGGAGGACCCUUAUGAUAUCAUCACUUCGCUUUUCAUAUCUAUGUUUGUUUAAGAGUGUUGUUUGCUAUGCACAUUCAGACCAGUUUUGCACUUAUCAGUAUACCUAUACAGUAGAUGUGUGAAAACCUACUGCAUGUUAAAAUGAAAACUGCUAGUACUAAAAUGAAUAAUAUGUGUCAGUUUAUUACAUUUGAGUGACUUUGAGUGAAUAGUGCAGAGGAUAAAUGAUUUCAUUUUCUAUUUGCUCAGUUUGUUUUACAUCAAUACUGUCAUUGUCUUUCUUUCCCAGCAAACAGGGAACGUUCUCAGAACUUUGGCUAACAUUCUGGCAUGGUUUUCUCAAAGUUAUGAACAAACUUUCUUCCAGUAAUGUUAAUAGAACGUUUGUUCAAAGUUAUCUGGUCUUAAAUAACAUUAUCAAAGCAUUAGCACAAAAAUGUUAUUUGUACAUCAUUCAUGGAAUGUUUUUCUGAAAAAUUUUAGUUGGACAUUUAGUCUAAUGUUUUUUAAACAUACUACUUUUUCAGAAUGGAUCAGAGAACAUUCAAAAGUAAUGUUCUCGUAAUUCUUGAAAAAUUAUUAAAUAGAGAAAACAAUCCCUUAAUGUUUUCUCUAACGUUCACUAAGAAACAUUUAAAUGAGAACAUUCUAUCAUAUAACUUACUGGGAACAUAAGCAACACAUAUUUUGUUACCUGGGUUAAUAUAUUUCAGCUCUUCCAUUAAGUUUCUUUCUUUUUAGGAGCUACUCAGAGUGCAAUGUUUCAAGAGUGAAGUUUUGAGUUACAGCUUAUUUUUCUAAAUAUGUUAAAAAAAAAAUUAUCUCACAAAAAUGGAAAUGUGACAUGAUGACUGUUGGAAGACCAUUUAUACCUUGAUUUUACAUUUUUUGCUAAUAAAAUAAACAUACUUUGCCAAACAAUUGUAAGAUUGUCCAG